GUUAUAGUCUGGUGGUCAUAUUUCCUUCCAUCCAUACAAAACGGAUUCAACUACCAGCAGAAGGAGCAGUACAUAACAGACACAAGCUGUAAAAAUGGACGGACGGCUCUUUGAAGCCGCAAAGUCAGGCGAUUGCAGGUUGAUGAAGGAGCUGGUGGCUGCCAUGGAUCCAAGCAUAUUGCUCCGCACAACUCCUCAGGGGAACACCUGCCUCCACAUAUCCACUAUCAAUGGUCAUGAGGAAUUCUGCCAGGAGGUGUUGAUGUUAGACAAUUCUCUUCUCACCGUUGCAAACUCACACGGCGAGACGCCGCUGCUCACCGCGGUAACCAACGGCCGCACCGCCUUGGCCUCCGUUUUGCUCAGACGGUGCUGCGAAGCGGGGCUCAGAGAAGCUAUCUUGAAACAAGAUGAGAAUGGAUGUAAUGCCCUGCACCAUGCCAUUCGCAACGGCCACAGGGACCUUGCGUUGGAACUGAUAGCAGCAGAAGCAGGCCUGUCACAAGGUGUAAACAAGUACAGGGAAUCACCCAUGUACAUCGCUGUGAUGAGAGAUUUCACUGAUAUCUUCCGGAAACUGUUGGGGAUUCCUGGUUCUGCUCACGUGGGUUGUCAUGGCCGCAAUGCUCUCCAUGCCGCCGUGAGAAACGGGAAUCCAGUUAUUGCUAAAGAGUUAGUGGAGAAGCGUCCAGGGCUGGCUAGAGAAUUCGACGAUGAAAUGGAUACUCCAAUGCAUCAUGCCGCAAUGUGGGGUAAAACCCAUGUUCUCGGAGCAUUGCUGCAGUAUGAUUGGUCCUUGGGGUAUGUCCUAAGUAAUAAUAAGGACAGUGUCCCGCUCCUUAAUUCCGCCGCAUACCGUGGCUAUGUUAGUGUUGCUAGAGAGCUUGUGCAUCAUUGUCCAGAUGCUCCGUAUUACGACGCUAAUGGUUGCACAUGUCUCCAUCAAGCCGCAUUCAAAGGUCAUCUGGAGUUCGUGGAAUUUAUCCUAGAGUCGCCGUAUCUUCGGAAACUCGUCAACAUGCGAGAUAACGGCGGGAACACUGCUCUGCAUUACGCGGUGCAGGAUUGCAACCCAAGAAUUGUUGCCGCUCUUUUGUCCCAUGGAGACACGGACGUCACGGUACUUAACUACACGGGAAACGAAGCAGUUUGGCAAUUAGGGGGAGCCGCCGAUUAUGCCAAGACAUUAAAUUGGGUACGUCCUUAAUUACUCAUACCGUGCUCCUCUACUUAAUUUACUUGAUGAAGCAUGAACAUAUAUAGGCCGUGUUUAGUUCACCCCCAACUAUCCUAAACUUCUAACUUUUUUCAGGAACUAAACACAGCCAUAUUGCGCUCUUACACAACUUACCAUGCAUUACAUGGACUGUUACUAUUGUUACUAUAAGUAUUAAAAAAUAAUCACAUGAUAAAUUUACAUAUCAUUCAUAUCUAUCUAUUAUCUAUUAUAUACUAAAAGUCUAUUAAACUUCCUACAAAGGCUCUUAAACCACCACGUGGCACUCCUAAAAAUGCUCUCAAGCCGCCACAUGGCACAGUCUAAUCUUACCGUCGAAUUUCAAUUAAAUUGGUGGAACCCAUUAUUUUACAGACUAGAUUAGAUUUAUAUCUUAACUAAUUAAAAGAUUAGUAUUUUUCCGUUCGUCAUCCCCUCUAUUCGUCCGAAUUUUCGCCCAUCCCUCAAAUCCCAAUCCGAUUUCGAUUUUGUUUCUGUCGUCCAUCUGUGAAAAAAGUGUGAAAAAAAAAUCAAGUCUUUCCGAUUCCACAAAAGAAGGAAACAAACUCAAGCGAAGUUUUCGUCCGCAACAUCUGAGUUGAGAGUCCAACACAAAGAAAAAUAAAUCAUCCAGAGUGCGCAUCAACAACCUAAUGCCCGAGCGAUCCAACGAAACUUCAUUGCAAAUGUAGAUACAAAAUCCAAUAGGACAAUCUAGUAAAAGAGAAAACAAAAUAAAAACUUCACCGAAAGCCGAUGACGCCGACGUUGCCGCCGGAUUCGCUGCCGCUGUCGUAGCCAUCGGAUUUCCGGCGCGGGAAGCCGCCAUCGCCGCCGGAUCGGCCCGCGAACCGGAUCUAGACGCGGGUAGCCGCCGGCGCCGUCGGUACCACCGGAUCUGCCGUGGGAAGCAGCCGCCGCCGUCGUUGCCAUCUGAUCUGCCGCGGGACGCCGCCGCUGCUAGAUUGGGCUACGAGAAGCUGCCGCCGUCGUCGGCGCUGUCGACUCCACUGCGGAAAGCCGCCGCCACAGCCGGAUCGGGCCGAGGGAAGCAGUCGGUUCCGUCGGUGCCGCCGGAUCUAGCCGGCGGUACCCGCCGCACUCGACCCCUCUCUCUCCUUAUCCACUCAAAUGGAGUUGUGCCGUCAUUGUCUUUGCGUCAUGCCGGCGAGACAGGAGGGAGAGGAGGAGACGGACUGGCGACACCGGUGGGGAGGGGGAGUGGGAGCAGCGGAGAGAGGGCGGUGGAGAAGGAGCAACGCCGUCGGUCGGGAGAGGGGACGGGAGGGGUAGAUGCGCCGCUGGGAGGGGAGGGGAGGGGAGGUGAGGAGGAGCUCGCGGUGGGGGGAUGGGAGUGGCACCGCCGGUAGGGAGAGGCGCCGUUGGUGGGGGUAGGGGGAGGGGAAGCGGCGGAGAGGGAUCGACAAAAGGGGAGAAGCGGCCAACGGUGGGGGUAUGGGAGGGCAAAAAAGGAAUUAGGUUUAGGUUUCUUUGUCUGGGAGUUUUGAUGGAUUCGGAACCAAUCUGAGUCGUCCAUCAAAAUGAACGGCUCAGAUCAGUCCCGCUUCGGGCCGGCAUCCAUCGACGGGCCGCGCGGGCUUGAUAGGCCGAAUCGUGGUUAAACUUUCGGUUAGGGCCCACCACACAAAGAGAGGAGGAGCAAGGGGAGCGUACUUAGACUUCUUUGGGCCGACGGGUGCUUUUGGGCUGAGGCGGAGAGAAGUGGAAUGGGAGGAAAGCGGGCCGGCUCGGUUGCGGGCUGAAGAGGAAAAUGGGCCGAAAAUGGCCUAUAGAGAAAUAAGGAUUUUUUAUAUAGAUUUUUAUUUAAAUAAAUGCUGAAAUGAUGAUUGUAUUAUCAAAAUUAGCAACUAAGCUCUGUAAUUUUCAAGAAAGUUUCAAAGAGUGUAAUUAAUAUGGAGAAUUUAAUAAAAAUUAAAUCCAACCGUAUCAUUUUAUUUCUAGCACUUACUUUACUUAUAAAUUAAUUUAACUAUAAACCUA